AUGGCUCUAGUAACGCGGAAAAUCCCUAAGACGAUGGGCUUGCGAGGAGCAGCGGUGGACCGCACGUCGCUCCGAGAGGUCGAGACGCGAUUAACCCUGGAUAUUCACCCGUCGCGGUCCGGGAAUGUAGUAGCAGGAGUCAAGGAGCAGCUCAACAACUCACUCAUGCGGUACAAUGAGCAGCACGGUGGCAUCGUGCUUCUCCAACGUGUCAAUGAGCAGCACGGUGGCAUCGUGCUUCUCCAACGUGUCAAUGAGCAGCACGGUGGCAUCGUGCUUCUCCAACGUGUCAAUGAGCAGCACGGUGGCAUCGUGCUGGCCUGGCCUUCUCCAACGUGCUGCGUGGAGCCUCGAGUCAGCAUCUGGCUUCUUUUGAGUCGACUCAAGAGCAGACUCUACGUCCGACGGAAACCAGCACCCCACUCGCAUGCUAUGAUCCCCCCUGCGGCCUGCCCUUCCCCUCCCUCCCCAUCAGGCCUCCCUACUCACAUGUUCUCUUCCCCGCUCCCCUUCCCACCCCGUCAGGUACAGCGAGCAGCACGGCGGCAUCGUGCUGGCCUACUCCAACGUGUGCUGCGUGCGUGGAGCCCCGAGUACAGCGAGCAGCACGGCGGCAUCGUGUUGGCCUACUCCAACGUGCUCCUAUUCGGCCGCACAGCAGCCAUUCUAACCGGACUCAACCCCUACCUCCACGUCAGCCUCUCCGCUCGCCUGCUCCUCUUCGCGCCGCGACCAGGAGCCUUUCUUGGGUGUGGUGAACAAU